CACACAUAUAUACACACACACACACACACUUGAAAAUGAAGCAGGUGAGAUGCUCACUGCGUGCUCAAAAUUCGGAUUGAUUUCCCAUUGGAGUCGCGACGAUGCUAGUGCGUUGGAACGCACCAGAAGUAACCACCAAUCCUUGAUGAAGAACGUAAAGCUAUUGUCCUUAUAAAUAGCGACUUUUGUUGCUUUGGAAACAACAUAUUUAAGAUGAUAUUUGUGAAAGGGUCUCUACGAUUUAAUCACAUGGCUUUUCCAAAAAUAUCUCGGGGGUAGAGCUGGAAAGCCACCGGAACAUUCUGAGCGGCGACGCGCAUACGUUUGGAGAUAUUUUCUGUAGACCACGGGCAGAUGCUGUAACGCAACUUGGAUAUAAUGCCUGCUGUGUUGGCGAAAAUGAGCUCGAGAAGCGCCUCAUGGUUCUAUGCAUUCAGUGUCUUUGUUUUGAGUAUUUGUGGAUCCACACAUGCAGCAAAUAAUUGCAAUGGACCAUUGCUAUCAGUUUUGCCUGAGUCAUCCUUCAAAAGCUCUUCAACAUCCUCCAACAGUCAGCUGCCUCACUUUGUUAAGCUAAACAGAAGAGAGGGAGAGGGUGGCUGGGCCCCGGAGCGGUCAGACAGACAGCCGUGGCUCCAGCUGGACCUCAGGGAGAAGAUGGAGGUCACGGCCAUCGCUACACAGGGCCGUUCAGGGAGCUCUGACUGGGUGAACAGCUAUAUGCUGCUGUUCAGUGACUGUGGCCUGGUGUGGAAGCAGUACGGACAGAGCGAAGACACUGGGACGUUCACAGGGAACACUAACUCAGAGGGUGUAGUCCAACACAAGCUGGUCCAUUCCGUCACAGCUAGGUUCCUACGCUUUGUCCCACUGGACUGGAGCACUACAGGAUGGAUCGGCCUCAGAGUGGAGGUCUAUGGCUGUGUGUACAAGUCAGAUGUGGCAGACUUCAACGGCAGGAGUGCUCUGUUGUACCGGUUUAACCAGAAGUCCCAGAGCACGGUGAAGGAUGUGAUCUCCCUCAGGUUUAAGAGCAAUGGGGCAGACGGGGUGCUGGUGCACGGGGAGGGACACAGAGGAGACUAUCUGACAUUAGAGCUGCACCACGGGACCCUGGCUCUGCACCUCAACCUGGACGACGCUAAGCUCUACCCCAGCAGUGGGAACGUGUCAGUGGGCCUGGGCAGUCUCCUGGAUGACCAGCUCUGGCACUCCGUCCUAGUUAAACGCUCCAACAAGCAGGUCAACCUCACCGUGGACGGGCACACAUGUCACCUCAGCACCACAGGUGUGGAUGACUCACUGGAGGUGGACUAUGAGCUCAGCUUCGGAGGAAUUCCUAUACCCGGUAAACCAGGAAGCUUCCUGAGGAAGAACUUCCAUGGCUGCAUAGAGAACCUCUACUAUAAUGGAAUCAACAUCAUCAACCUGGCCAAGCGACGCAAGCUCCAGAUUCACAGUGUGGGCAACGUGACCUUCUCGUGCUCCGAGACCCAGCCCCAGAUGGUGUCCACCACCUUCCUGUCCUCCAGUAGUAGCUACCUGUCUCUACCCCUGGAGCCUCCUGGAGUGUGGGGGCUGGACGUACACUUCCACUUCAGGACCUGGAACCAGGAAGGACUUCUGUUCUCCACCGGCCUGGCACAGCACCUGGUGUUGCACAUCAGCAGAGGCCAACUGCACCUAAUGGUCCAUGGAGCUGCUGAGCAGAAAACAAACAUUUCCAUAGACGUCAGUGUAACUGAUGGACUGUGGCAUUCUGUUAGUCUGAGCUACAGAGAUCUGAAGGUUUCCCUGGUCUUGGACAAUGAGCCAGCAUCUACCAUGGAUGUACAAAGUCAUGCAGACUCAGGCAAUAGUGUAUUUUUUGGAGGUUGUCCCCAACACAGUGGUGGCUGUAAGAACCCUACUGUGGCCUUCCAGGGGUGCAUGCGUCAGAUCCUCCUAAACAACAAACUUAUGGAUCUACCCCGUGUGCAGCAAGGGCUUUUGGGUAAUUACAGCAAGCUUGAGUUUGACAUCUGUGGGAUCCGCAACAGAUGUCUGCCUAAUUUUUGUGAGCAUGACGGACGAUGCACCCAAUCAUGGGAAACUUUCUACUGUGACUGCUCAGGGACAGGCUACACUGGAGAAACCUGUCACAACUCUAUUUAUGAAGCGUCGUGUGAGGCACACAGACAAAUGGGGAGUACGUCUGGCAACUUUUACAUUGAUCCAGACGGGAGUGGUCCUCUAAAGGCAACACUGGUCUACUGCAACAUGACUGAGGACAAGGUAUGGACAGUGGUGGGCCACAACAACAGUGGGUCUGUGAAUGUGACUGGAGCCACAACAAAGAAGCCGUAUGUGAUGCGGUUCAACUACACUGCCUCUCUGGAGCAGCUCCGCACUCUGAUUGGACGGUCUGAGCAAUGUCAACAGGAAGUGGUCUACAGCUGCAGGAAGUCCCGUCUCUUCAAUACUUGGGAUGGAAGGCCCCUAUCAUGGUGGCUGGACCGAAGUGGAGAGAAACAGACCUACUGGGGAGGCUCUGUACCUGGGGUCCAACAGUGCUCCUGCAGCCUGGAGGAAAACUGCAUCGACAUGAACUACUUCUGCAACUGUGAUGCAGACACAAACUUAUGGGUAAACGACACAGGAUUGCUCUCCUACAAAGAUCACCUACCACUGACUGAGAUUGUAAUAGGAGACACCAACAGGACAGGCUCAGCAGCUGUUUACAGAGUCAGCUUCCUUCACUGCAAUGGUGACAGGUUCCUGUGGAAUGCAGCCUCUUUCUAUCCAGGGUCAUCGUCCCUCCACUUCCCUAAGUUCCAGGCUGAGCUCAGUGCUGACAUCUCCCUGUACUUCAAGACCACAGCUUCAUCUGGUGUUCUCCUGGAGAACAUGGGGACCACUGACUUCAUCACCCUGAAGUUGACAUCUACCUCGGCUGUAACAUUCAGCUUUGACGUGGGGAACGGCCCGGUGGACUUGACGGUGACGUCCCCUGUCCCCCUAAAUGAUAAGCAGUGGCAUUACGUUAGGGCUGAACGCAACCUGAAGGAGGCCUCCCUGCAAGUGGACCAGCUGCCCCUACACACUCUGGAGGCCCCCUCUGAAGGACACUACCGCCUGCAGCUCAAAAGCUUACUGUUCAUAGGAGGAUCCACCUUCAGAGAGAGCAGUUUCCUGGGCUGCAUCCGUGCAUUGACCCUGAACGGCGUGACCCUUGACCUGGAGGAGCGGGCCAAGUUGACCCCAGGAGUGACCCCAGGCUGCCCUGGCCACUGCAGCGGCUCUGCUAGCAUCUGUCAUAACAGAGGGCGGUGUAUGGAGAAGAACAGUGGAUACGUCUGUGACUGUACACACUCUGCCUACAAUGGACCACACUGCAAGAAAGCAGUGUCAAUGUCCUUUGAGAGUGGCUCCUCGGUGACCCUUACCUUCCAGAUGCCUUUUCCAGUCAUCCACAACAGAGACAGAGGUAGCCAGUCGUCUAGCAGUCAGCCAGUCCAUAGCCAGUCCUCAGCCAUCUAUGCCCACAACAUCGAGUUCAGAGAAAACGUCGCCUUCAGCUUUCUGACAACUCACACCCCUGCCAUGUUGCUCUGUGUCAGCACCUACCAUCAACAGUACCUGGCUAUCAUCCUCGCUAACAACGGGAGUCUGCAGAUCUGGUACCGUUUGAACAGAGAGAAGAGAGCAGAAAUCUUUACUCCCAAAGCCUCCAGCCUAGCCGAUGGGCAGCUCCACCGUGUCCAAGUACACCGGGAGGGUAAAGACCUUUAUGUCCAGAUUGACAAAGACAUCGACCAAAAAUACAACCUUUCUUCUGACACGAAGAUGAACACACUACGAACAGUGACUUUGGGUAAAGUCACAGGUACAUCAGCAGGACUUGCUGGUUUGGAUGAGGAGGUGCUUAGGGCAGGAUCGAAGGGUUUCAUUGGCUGCCUGUCGUCUGUCCAGUUCAAUCAUUUGACACCACUGAAGACAGCCAUUCUGAAUCAUGGAAGCUCAUUGGUCCGUGUUCUUGGCAAUCUAGUUGAAUCGAACUGUGGAGCCUUGGCUGCAACUUCACAAUCAGCAUCUGAGGGCGGCGAUAGCGACGUAGAUCGACUGAAGAAGACAAGGAGUGAUUCAGCAGUAAUUGGAGGUCUCAUCACAGCUGUGUUCCUCAUCACCCUCUGUGCCAUGGCCGUGACGUCAUGGUUCCUGUACCGCCGCUGCAGCCGCACCCACCCACAGGAGAAGGCCUCCAUCUCACAGAAGAAGGAUCCCAGACACAGCCUGGAGCACAGCUACCCUGUAGACUUGGUCUUGGAUCUAGACCUGGACCUGCACAGCUCUGUGAGACACAACAGAAAGGAAUACUACAUCUGAUGCCAUGGAGUCUUACUCACCAUAGCCUUCUUUGCCCACCCUCCUGCCUCCUGUUCCGCGCACUGUUCUGCCUGGCCUCAACUACAGAACAGGCCCCUCUGGGUAGAGCAGCCAUUCGACACAAAACCCAGUGUUAGUCACCUGCCCGUCCCUGGGCUUUCUAGGAGCAGUGAUCAUUGGUGAUUUAUUCCCUGUGUGACUACAAGAAUGACCCAAUGGAGGAUGGUAAUUCUGCAGCUUUAUAUCUGUUUAGUGGGGCAUGGGAGCUGUACCACUUUUGAUGUGCAAUGACAAUUGGAGAAAAUGUAUUAAGUUGAUCACAUAUCUACUUUAUAUUAUAUUGCUCUAAAGUCAGGAGACAAAAAGCCUCAAAUUCAAAGAAUCAGAUCCACCCCAGUGACUUCAUAAGCCCGUUUUAUACAGCCUUGCAUUCUGAAUGUAUAAUUAAAGGGAUUUUCUGUAGGGGUUGGUUGGGUACCGGUACUCUAACUCACUUACUUGUAUUCACUUGUGGAUUCUGAAUGUGAUAAUGAUGUUCGACCAUCUGCCAAGGCAAGGUCUGGGCAAGCAAUGCACCUGUUCUUGCUCCCUGGCUAAACCACUGAUCAAAUCUCACUGAAAAGCAUUGUGGCUGUGUGCCAAGGACUUUGUGGCUGGCCCCUUUUGCUCUCUGAACACAUCGGUUUUCUGUUUCCAAUAUGUUGUUUGUUGCGCCCUCACUGCAAAUAACCAUUUUAUUAUUUCUUCAUCCACCAUCACCGACAUCCUGCAACAUGUUAUGAUUUUAUGAAUCACCAAAGAGUGGUACAGUAAACGCAUACUAGAUGUCCGAAAGUCCAAAUGUAGUACAGUACAAUGUUAUGUGAUUGUGCUAGUAACUUAAUUAUCUCUAGACCUUAAGAAGAUAAUUAGAGGGAAUCUAGGGUAGAAAGGUAGGUUCAUUCUCAGGAGAGCUCUUGUCCUGGUUGUUGUUGUGAGUUUUGUUGAACAGAGAAGUACAGUAUUGUACAAAUUUGCUACAGUCUCCUCCAGAAACCAUGUUACUUGCUCUUACAUUGGUAAAAAAGCAAGGCUUUAUAUUUUGCACAUUUAGCAAACCAACAGAACAACUAAAUUGGACAACAAAUCUGUGUAGAAAGCUUGCUAUACGAAUGAAACAUGUAUUCAGGGGAUGAUCUUCUGUCAUGAAAGACCCACAAUAAAGGAUUGUUAUUGCCUGAUUAUAUUAUUUCAAGUGCAUUAGGUCAUUUAUCUAAAGUAUUUUACUGUAAAAGAUUUACAAACCCCACUGACACAAUUAUUGAAUAUGAUUCAUUGAAAUAUUAAAUUAAUUUUGAAUUAGUUUUAUAGAAUUCUUCAGGUAUAUUGUAAACAAAUGUAUAUUUAAUAAAGACAUUUUUACAGGUUUAUGUGAAUAACAGUGUAUGUUGUGAUUUGAUAUGAAAUAUGUUAUUCUUAUCUCACUUUCCCAAAUCUAUUUUGCCUCUUCUAUCUGAGCUUGGGUCAGUACAAAGUACACACUGUUAUCUGUCAUAUUAUCUUAAAAACAUUCAUUAUCAAAGUCUGGCAUUGUGAUUUAUCCACAAUAUAAUUGACCCCACGCUAUCACACAC